AUGGCCUUAGGGACAGUAACGGGUACAGAGGCAUGGACAGAGCCGUGUCGGAGAAGGAAGCCGGCUGGACGUGGUGAGAAAAGCGACCUUGGCCUUGAGGUCCUCGUGGCACUGCUUGCAAGUGCCGGUCAUCUCCGUUGUAUUUUCCUUGGCAAGAUAUAUGCACUUGUUCAUGUUGGGGUGCUCAAAGAUAAAUAA